UUUUCUUUAAAUUUCGACGCGCGCGCACUCGCGCUUGAUUAGAGCGCGACUCUCAAGUACCAGUACAUCUAAUAAAACUCUUUAGAAAUUUUAUAGAAAAUUUUGUGUUAAUCUUAAAAUGGGUGACGAAGAGAUAAGUAAAAGUUUGCUGAAAGGUCCGCAUGCGCAGAUGUUAGACGAAGCUUUCGGGUACGCUGAUAGUUUCUGGGAGUACAAACCGGGCAGAUUAUUGCUACCAGAGAAUUUUCACAAUAUGGCAAAAGAGAUUCUCGACGCUGAAGUACGCGAGGAUGAUGUCUGGGUCAUCAGCUACCCGAAAACAGGUUCAACAUGGUUACAAGAAAUGGUGUGGUUAAUCGCGAAUGAUUUGGAUUUUGACAAAGCAAAAGGAACAAUUCAACAAUUACGAGCACCUAUGAUUGAAUUGGGGAUUUAUUUCGCUGAAUAUGAAGAUUUCGUGCAGAAAUUCGGCAAUUCCGUUGAGAUCUGCAACAAUUGGCCAUCACCACGGUGUGUAAAGAGUCACCUAACUUACAAAUUUCUCCCACGUCAAUUCCACAAGGUCAAACCCAAGGUGAUUUACAUGGCUCGUCAUCCAAAAGACCUUUGUGUUUCAUAUUACCACCACUGUAGGAUGAUGUACAACGUGAAUGUGACCUUCGCAGACUUUGCAGAGAUGUUUCUCGCUGGUAACGUGCCAAUUGGCAACGUUUUCGACCAUUAUCUUCCAUAUUGGCAACACCGCGAUGAUAUGAAUCUCUUAUUCCUUAAAUAUGAGGAUUUCGUACGUGAUCCUAAGGAAGGAAUUGAAAGAUUGUCAGAUUUUAUGGAACGUCCGUUGAGUACUGAUGAUGUAAAUCGCAUUUGCGCUUUUCUUACCAUUGAUAACAUGAGGAAUAAUCCUGGGUGUAAUUUUGAGUUAUUAAUGGGUACUAAUCUGGUGCGUAAAGGUAUCGUUGGUGAUUGGAAGAACUACAUGGAUGAUGAACUCAGCCAUCGUUUUGAUGUGUUCAUUGAGAAGCAUCUGCAUGGAACCGGAUUGACGUUCGAUGAGAAUAAUUGAGCUGCGCAUGCGCAGUGUCGCUUAAAAUUAUUUCUUAACUUUAAUCACUAUGUUAAAUUUGAACAUUAUUUACGGCUAAAUAUUAAAAGUUACAACUUUGUAAAAAUAAGUUGGAGGUUAGAUAAAUAAAAGAAUGUUUUGAAUUGAA